AUGGUUCGCUUUGCUACUGUUCUGGUCGCUACUCUGGCCGGAGCGGUCUCGGCCGUUGGCAUUGGCCGCGACCGAGGCACUCUCAUGGCCAUCAGGGCUGAAGCCGCCAAACCCAUGGAAGGUCUUGACCCAAAGUGCAAUAAGUGGCAUAGGGUCGUAAGCGGUGACACUUGCGAAGGUGUCGUCAAGCCGAUGGGCGUCAACAUGGAGGAUUUCCUCAAGUGGAAUACCAAAAUCACCAAGGAUUGCAAAGAACUCAUGCUUGGCUACGACGUCUGUAUCGGCGUUUCCGGCACGCCAGCUGCGUCCGGCACCAACUCUCCCACCUCGAAGCCUCCUGCUAGCAGCUCGGCUCCUGUUAGCAGUUCGCCUCCUGUUAGCAGCUCGGCUCCUGCUAGCAGCUCGCGUCCUGUUAGCAGCUCAGCUCCUGUUAGCAGCUCAGUUCCUGUUAGCAGCUCAGCUCCUGCUAGCAGCUCGCCUCCUGCUAGCAGCUCGCCUCCUGCUAGCAGCUCGCCUCCUGUUAGCAGCUCGCCUCCUGUUAGCAGCUCGCCUCCGGCACCAAGCUCCAAUGCCGGCAGCUCUGCUCCCGCCGCAAAGCCUUCUACCGCCUCAUCCAACGGUGCUCAGACAAGCUGUAAGGGUCAAUCCUAUGUCCCCCAGCCGGGUGACACCUGCAGCAAGAUCCAGGCGCAAUACACAAACAUCAAUCUCGCCCAAUUCUACAAGGAUUACACGGCGGUUGACUCAAUCAAAGCAAAAGUCAACUUCGCAAAGUAG